CUCUGAGCCGGGAAUUGUGGGAUUUGUAGUUUAACACUUUGCUGAACGGCGCUGUCACGGGGAAGCAUGGCGGCGGCCAAGGGCAUAGACGUGGUGCUGAAGUCAGUGAAGAACAUCAGUGUCCGCAUGUGUCCCUUCCGGCAUAAUGUGCAGUCCACCAGAGAGUUUUUGGAAACCAUAAACGCCAAAAAAAUCCGCACCACCAAUACAAACUGUGAAAUCAAUGUAGAUGUGAGACAUGACAACUCUGAGCCCAUAGUGGAUAUUCGGUUUGGGGACGGUGAACGUCUGGUGUUUAAGUCAGAGAAUCUGACCGCUAAAGAGAUGUUAUUAAAACUGAGCUCUGUCUGCGCAUCUAAAGACAAACAGGCCAGAGACAAUGCAAAGAAAUAAACCGGAGCGCCCCCUUCUGUCCUCAGGAUGUGCAGGGACGAGCUUAAGGGACCCUAUUUAUUUAUUUCAUGGCAUCCGUCUGAUGAGACUCGGCACAGCAUCUUGUCACUUAUAAUGUGUGUUUUUUUUUUUUAAUUAUUAUAAAUACAUACAUACACAAACCAAGAUUCAUGUAUUGCAGCCAGUCAUUAUGUAUCAUGUAUUGCAGCCAGUCAUUAUGCUUCCAUUCUGCAGCCUAUAGGACAAUAAGGAUAAUAGCUUUGGAUACAUUCUAUACAUAUGCAUUACUUUAUAAGUACAGUAGUAUAGAAAUGUUUCUUCAUUGCUGAUGAUUUCUUCUUGAAUAUACAUAAUAAUAAUAUCAAUUUUAUUUAUAUAGCGCCAACAGAUUCCGCAGCGCUUUACAAUAAUAGGGUACAAAUAAAGACAAGUAUCAGACAUAACAAUAUAUUACACACUAAUUAUUCAAACAGGAGAAGUGGGGGGAUGGGGUUGAGACAGGAGGCAAAAGGAAAAUGUUAAUACAAUGGCCCAGGCAUACUAUAUAAAUAAUAAGGGUUAUAUACAGGAGAGUGAACCGGUGUCUAGUCAAUCGCUAAAGGAAUAACUGCAUAGAGAAUAGGGGAAGACUGUCCAAUAUGAAGCUUUGGAUAUCUCCAAGACCCAGAUGUCUGAAAAGGGGCGAAGUGGUAGUAGUGGAGGGCAAUUAGGGAAGUGCCCUGGUGAUACCAGACUUUACAACACUGUGGUCUGUCUUGGCGGUCUGGACCCUGUUCCCUGUGUUCAUGCCCUCGCGUAACGACUGCUCCCAACUCCUGCCCCCUAGAAUGACCUUGAUGGGGUGGGUGGGAAUUCUUCCAAAGGCCAUUCUGCUUCUCUCAUUCCAGUGGUGCGCCCCUUCAUAGCUUCAUAGUCAACUGAGCAAAAUGACGAGUGCAUUUUAAAAGGCAUGUUUAGCAGCUGACAAUAUCCCACCUGGAAGUACAGUACCCAAAAGUAACCUCUGAGAGCCUUUUUUUUAUCGGGCGGCAUGGGAAUCACUUUUACGCCUUCUUAUGGCAAGACCUAAUGUAUAAUCAGACCUUACCUGUAACCGUUGUGGUAGUACAGCAGCUAAUUACUACAUGCUUUUUUUUAAAUCCAAUAUCAUGGUAAAAAUUGUGUAUUUUACCGCAAUUAUGCAAAUCUCAGUAAAACACAUAAUUUUUACAUUGGUUUCCGGAAUUAGUUGUGGUACCGCUAAUUGGCUGCAAUUAGCUGUAAAAAGCCUAUGUAUCAAGGCUUUUUAUGGGUCAGACACUGACUUUCUGGGUAAAUACCUAUAGGUGGCAGUAGAGAUUGAGCUUGUUUUCUUUUGGAAGAGAGCCACUUUGCUAUAAAGCAUUGCCGCUGAAUCUCCAUACACAAACUGGGUUUCUUCAAUGAGAUCCAGUACCCUUCCCCCAAAGAUUGGACACAUUUCCUAUGUUUGAUAAAUGGCUUGGAUCAUGUUUCUGACGGGAGGAUUGUUAGUAUUGUACAACCAAACGGAUAAGUAUGAAUAAGUCAAAGACUGGGUGUUACCAUUCCACUGGUCAGGUGUAUCUACACAAUGUCUGACAAUGAAAGCACUGACUGGGCAUUGUCAUUGUCGAACAGGUAAUUAUAAAACUGGGGAUGGAGGAGGCAAUGGGGCAGCGGCGGUGGUGGUUGGACUAGGGAGGACCCCAGGACAGGCAGGGGGAGAGAAGCGGGUGGUGGCGGCGGCGGUCUCUGGCCCCGCAAAAGCCGCUGCAGUUCAUUGAUUUAAAGCGCCCGCUUUAAAUCUUUGAUCUGCAGCGGCUUCUGCGGGGCCAGGUGGGGGGAAAUAGCCGAUAACUUAUACUGAUAUUCCGGUAUAAGUUAUUGGCUAUCGGCCUGAAAUUUCAGAGAUUAUCGGUAUCUGCUCUAAAAAAUCGAUAUCUGUCGAUCCCUAGAAUUUUAUCCUGUAUUUUUAGUGGACAUAUAAGUAACAUGUGACCGAGAAUUAUCGUAGUAGUAUGGAAGUUAUGCAGUAACAUAUAUUUCCCAUACACUUGUAUGGGACUUUAAAUAAAAACACUGACCCUCCCAAAUGGGGGUUGGUAA